UCGGGGUUGGGCGCAGCGCCGCGCACAGCGUCCGCCGGGCCUGAGGCCGAGCCGCCGCCAUGCCCUCGGAAAAGAGCUUCAAGCAGCGCCGCACCUUCGAGCAAAGAGUUGAAGAUGUACGACUGAUCCGAGAUCAGCAUCCAACUAAAAUACCGGUGAUCAUUGAAAGGUACAAGGGGGAGAAGCAGCUUCCUGUUUUGGAUAAGACCAAAUUCCUGGUGCCAGAUCACGUCAACAUGAGCGAGCUCAUCAAAAUCAUCAGGCGACGCCUGCAGCUGAACUCCAACCAGGCCUUCUUCCUCCUGGUGAACGGACACAGCAUGGUGAGCGUCUCCACGCCCAUCUCCGAGGUGUACGAGAGCGAGAAGGACGAGGAUGGCUUCCUGUACAUGGUGUAUGCCUCUCAGGAGACUUUCGGAGUGCAAUCUUCCGUCUAGGACACGCAGGUGGCUUCUAGCCUAGGAUUUCGGUUUACCCUUGGCCAUCACCCCCACUCUUCCCCACACGCACCCCAGGGAAAGAAACGGAUGUCACCUAUGCUCUCAGUACCUUAGCAUAGUCUUGCUUUAGCAGGUGUUUUAUCUUACCUUGCCUUGUUUGUGACUAUUAAACAGUACAGACGAGCGCCUCCAGCUUUGAAACCUGCUGUAAUAUUCCACACAGGCACAUUUACAUGUCUGGACUUGAUGAAUGGAACCCAAUUGUGCAUGUGACGAUUGCAAAUAAAGGGACACUCGAUUGACUUUAACGAGCAAACAGGCACCAGUGAGGAGCUAAAGUGUUUCGUGUGACAGUUUUCUGGAGAAUCUCCCUCUGAUUCCUCAAAGCCUUUCUUUUUCUUUUUUUUUUUUUUUUAAAUGGGAGGGCUUCUAAUUGAGAGCAAAUGUGUUUUAAUGUUCCAAAGCAGAGCUUUGCCUUCUGCAGCUCGCUGAGAUCUGUGUCGGUGCUGCAGCCGUCAAGGUGAGCGUUUGGGGUGAGCUGGGGGAGUGCAACUGCAGCUCUUCAUCUCCUCUUCUUUUGGCACUGCUGACGUAGGGACAGUGCCAUUUUCUGAAAUAACUCAUACCAAACACCACAGCUUUAUUAUAGUUUUAGGAAGCAUUAACUGUAAGCACCUGGACAGGUAACACUGAAAUAAACUCCAGUCUGUCGUGAAUUUACAAUGCCUGCGUGUUCAGUGAAACACUGUUGUUUAUAGGGGCUUGCUUCCAAAAAGAUCCUCCCUCCGAGCUGCAGCCCUGGCCUUAGAGGAGGUGAAGGCCAUCGCUGCCAGCAGGGUUGGCUGGAGGAAAGCGAGCCGGUGUGUGUAAGCCCCGUGACAGGAGCAGCUUUGUUAACGCACCUCCGUCCUGAGCAUCGGGCUCAGACAUGCUGCUGGCAUUAAGACCCCGCUGUGUCGUUUGGUUUGCAUGUUACCGCUGGCGGGGUCAGGCAGAACCGCUUCCUCACAGCUCCUCGCGUCCAGGAGCUGCUGUGGGAGGUGAUGAACAAAGCGUUUUUCCAUCGCCGAAGCCUCCUGCACGGAGCUGGAGCUUGCUGUGACCGCUGGCCCGAGCAGGGAAGGCUUCUGCUGAGCCCCGUGUUUUUCCUCUAGACUCGUUGUCAAGUGAAGUGUAGCAGGAUGAGAUUCCUCUUGUAUAUUACGUGUCUGUGACCUAACUCCAUCUGUUACUGGAAGCUAACUUACUAUAAUGGGGGGAGAAGAAGCAAUACUACUGCGUCUUGGCACUCUAGCUCAGCAAGGUGUACAGUUUGUACCUCCCUGCACCUCUCUGCAUGCAUCUCGUUCACAAGGCUUACUUCAUGAUUUUUUAAUGUUGUGUUUUUACUCCGGCGUAAACUUUUCGAUGCGGCUUCGUUCUCCGUUUCGUUCCGUUUUGUGUGAGGAGUUGUUGAACUCAUGACUGACAAACCAGACUUGUAAUUACAACGCGAUCGACUGAUAACUCCUGUACAAAUGUUGCUUUUUUAAAAUUAAUACAGUGCUGGUAGGGGUGGAUUUCAUCCCCACUGAA